AUGGUGUCCUCUAAAAAACAGGUCUGUUAGAAUUUUUGUACACGUGCAUUUAUUGGUAAAACUUGCAAUAAUUACUCUUAAAGUUUACGCGAGAGUUUUUGUCUAAAUUCUCGUGUGAACAGGGGAAACUUGCAUCGUAGCUUGAUGAGGGGUUUUUGUAUAAUUAUACUUUGUAAUUUAUUGUUAUUAUCGUCAUCACAUGUACAGAUAAUUCGAAAUUACAUAGAAACUGAUCACUAGACAGGUUUACACUCCACGAAUGUUUAGUUUCAAUCAUUCCGUGUAAUCAGCUUAACCCUUUUCUCCCAAUAUCUGAUCGUUAAUUCUCCCCACAAGUUGCUUCACAUUUCAUUGUAACUUAGUGACAAUAAUUUGGUGUUAGAUCAAAAUCACAACUUCUACCUGAGAAGUUUGAGUAUUGUCACUACCUGUCUGUUGGAUAAUGUAUGUAUACUAAAGAGAGAAGUUGCAUGUUCAUCACCUCUGGGAGUUAAAGGGCUAAUCAACUGACAUGUAUUAUGUUGUCUAAGUGAUACUUUUUAAAACCUUGCAACUGAUAUAAGUGACAUAAACAGUGUUAACCCUUUACCUCCCAUGAGUGACCAAGACAAUUUCUCCUCACAAUAUCAAUACAAAAUCAAGCAGACAAAUGAUGAGAACAAAGAAAAAUAGUAAUUAGGGGAUUAUUAGUUGAUCCAAUACCAAAUUCUCCAAAGUAACAUCACAAAAACUGUAUGGCAGACAGUAAAGAGAAUUACUAAUGAGAUCUUGGGGGUUGAAAGGUUAAAGCAUCUCUAAGUUUAUAUAAGUCCCUUCAGUAUGUUGUAGCUACAGUUUUAUAUGAACCAUACUAUUCAAAAAUAGAAGCCUAAGCCCAAGGGUGAUCUAUCAUUUUUGCUGUGGUUUUCUUACAUCAAACAAUUCUGUGAACAAUGAAGUUUGGUGUUAUACUGCAAUCUUGCUCAAGAAAGUUGCAUGCAAAAAGCCAGUGAGCAGGCUGUAUAGACCAGACUGUCAUGUCAUUAGUUGAAUUUAUUUGUUGACAGUGAAAAAGUGAAGUUUGUAUUCUUAAAUUCACAAAAUCUUCAACAUCAAAUGCCUGCCAAAUUUUAUUUACAAAUUACUGAAAUAAAUUUUUGAGCGGCUUUCAAUUGGUCGUCAAAAAUGAUCCACAAGUGCUUUAGUUCUGAUAAAUGUGCUCUGUGAUUGGUCCAGAAAACUUAUGUGACCCUCUCAACCAAUCAGAUUCAAAACUUGUUUGUGAUUUGGUCACUUUCAUUUCUCCACGUUUAAUGCAGCUGGUGUGUUUUUACCUAGAGUUUUCACUGGCUAACAAUGAUAUCGACCAUAGCAUGGAUUGGCUGAUAACUCUGGUUUUGGUUUUUCAACUGAGAACAGCUCUAAGGCUGAUGUACUGUAUAUAGUCUUGGCUUUUGUCCAUCGUGUGUCACUUACAUUAAUUCAUGUGUUCCUUACUUACUUACCAAAGCUUGUAGAUAGAAGUUAAUCUCAAACAUGUUUCCUCCUCCAGAAAAAGGCAAUGGAGAGUAUCAACUCUCGUCUGGCACUUGUGAUGAAAAGUGGAAAGUUCACUUUAGGAUACAAAUCUACUCUUAAAACACUGCGACAGGGCAAGGCUAAGCUUGUUAUCAUCUCAAAUAACACACCUCAGCUUAGGUAAGACAUUUAAAUGUCAAGUCUCAUUAAACUGUGUACAUUUUAAGACCAGUUUGCUCAAUAUGUGAUUUAAUAGUGAUACUGUAUUAAAAAUUAGAUCCUGGUAACUUUUUGGGGUGAAAGGGUUGUAAUGAAAAUUGAUUGACUUAAUGAUUUAUCUCUGUUUUCAAGGAAGCUUACGACUUUCUGCUGAAUAUAUUUGAAAAGAGCACUUUCACUUGCAAAUAGAAGGUUUCCAUCCACAUUUGUUAACAGUUAACCCUUUGAUCCCUUAGAGUGACUAGCACUUAAUUUCUCCUCAUAACGUCACCCCUGAAUAACACAUUUUGGUCAUGAGAAUAAAGGACCUGGUCACUAACUAAAGAAGCCCUUGAUUGUUGUAAAAGUUCUCCUUUUCAGAACUGUAGGAAAGUAUAGAGAACAGUAUGGAGAAUAUGCAUACUGAUGUUAGGAUGGAAAGGGUUAAGGUGUUUUAUGUUUAUAAUGAUCAGUGGUAACGGAAACACAAAGCUGUGCCUUUGUGAUAAGAACUUGCCUUUUAUGUAAGAAGUUAAAUUAGCUUUUCUGUGAAGUAAGUCCAUGUGCAGGUGAUCUCUGUAUGCAGUUAUUAAAAAGUGGGUUGGAAAAUUGUCCUUGAUUUAAUAAUAUUGAGAUAAUAAUCUCUCUCACAAGUGAGCAAAGCAAACUAGUGAGAGGUACCUUUAACAGCAUCAUUAAGAUAAUAUUUGUGUCUACAUGCAGCCAUGUCGUAUCCUCUUCAUAAACCAUGAAAAAUUAAAACCUAGAAAUAUUUUGUAUUUUUGUACAGGAAAAGUGAGAUUGAAUACUAUGCCAUGUUGGCCAAGACUGGAGUCCAUCACUACACUGGUAACAACAUCGAACUUGGUACAGCCUGUGGCAAGUACUUCCGUGUUUCAGUCCUCAGCAUCACUGAUCCUGGUGACUCAGACAUCAUUCGUUCCAUGCCAGCAGAACAGCAGACAGCACAGCAACAACAGUCUUAA